UUUUUUUUUUUUUUUGAAUAAUUUUAAUUUCUUCCAUUUCCUUGUUAACACAGAGCAAGUGUAUACAGAAGUUAUAGCGAAAAUGAAGGGUGUGUCGGUGUUUUACCCUCAAACAAACCCAUUGUUUUGCGUCGGCAUCUUCACCGAGACUCAGUGGAGUUUUGAUUAGCCUUUGAAUCAAUUUCCAAAUCCCUAUUGACAAUUUCAUUUGGUACACUUUCAAUUUUCAUUGCUUUUUCGAUUUUUUUUUUUUGUUUUCCAAUGAACAGAGGAUAAUUAGACUGUGAUUUUGUGAAUUUGGGUCUCUAUCCUAGUGGAAUUAGGCGUCAAGAAAUUUGGAAACUAUCGCUUUUAAGGAAUAAAAAAACAAGAAGCAAGCGUUGACUUGAGUGGUCUAUUUUUUUUUUUUUUUUUUUUUGGGCACUAACUCGAAGGCGCAAGAGCUGAGAUUUUUUUCCAGUGUCUAAAGUCCGAGUGGUGUUUUUGGUAAAAGGAGUUUCUUGAUUUAAUGUGGAAGUAAUCAUAUGAGGAAGAGAGUGGGCUGGGUAAAGAUUCAUCAUUGAUACAGUGAUAGCUCCACUGAGACAAAAGGAUAUAUCAUAUGAGUGAGUGAGAGUUGAAUCUAUGACCACCAUUCUCAAAGGACCUCCACUUUCUAGAUUAUUUAAGAGGCACUCAAUCACUCGCUUCACCAUUUCCUCAAAAGCGACAGGAAGCUGCUGAAAUUUGAGAAGAUGAAGUGGCUUCUGCUUUUGCUCAUCGUCUGCGAUGCAGUUCCUCUACAAGGACUCACCACAAAUGUCUCUGCGAGGCCCCAAGUUGUGAACAUCGGUUCGGUUUUCACAUUCACUUCUCUCAUUGGUAGAGUCAUCAAAGUUGCUAUGGAAGCCGCUGUUGAAGACGUGAAUGCCAACCCCAGCGUUCUUAACAACACUCAACUCAGGAUCAUCAUGCAUGACACCAAAUUCAAUGGAUUCAUGAGCAUCAUGGAACCUCUGCGAUUCAUGGAAUCUGAGACAGUGGCAAUAAUAGGGCCUCAGAGAUCAACAUCCGCUCGAGUAGUAGCUCAUGUUGCAUCAGAACUAAAGAUUCCUAUACUAUCCUUCACUGCCACAGACCCUACCAUGUCUCCUCUGCAAUUCCCUUUCUUCAUCAGAACUUCACAAAAUGAUCUCUAUCAGAUGGCCGCCAUAGCAGACAUUGUUCAUUUCUAUGGUUGGAGAGAGGUGAUAGCAAUAUAUGCGGAUGAUGAUUAUGGCCAAAAUGGUGUAGCUGCCUUGGGAGACAAGUUAGCUGAGAAGCGCUGCAGAAUCUCAUACAAAGCAGCUUUGCCUCCUGAACCUACCAGAGAGAACAUCACUAACUUGCUGAUUAAGGUAGCUUUGAGUGAGUCAAGGAUCAUUGUUGUUCACGCUUCUUUCAUCUGGGGCUUAGAGGUUUUCAAUGUGGCACAGUAUCUUGGUAUGAUGAGCACUGGUUACGUGUGGAUUGCCACCAAUUGGCUUUCAACUAUCAUAGAUACAGACUCUCCUCUUCCCUUGGACACGAUAAAUAACAUUCAAGGGGUCAUUACACUGCGGAUAUACACUCCUGACUCUGUCAUGAAGAAGAACUUCACUCAAAGGUGGCAUAAUUUAACUCAUGUUGGACUGAGCACUUAUGGACUUUAUGCUUAUGACACUGUCUGGCUGCUUGCUCAUGCCAUUGAUGAUUUUUUCCGCAAAGGUGGAAACGUUUCCUUUUCAAAGAAUCCGAUUAUAUCUGAUCUUAGGGGUGGAAACUUGCAUCUUGAUGCUCUGAAAGUAUUUGAUGGAGGAAAUACGUUUCUUGAGAGCAUCUUACAGGUUGAUAGAAUUGGCUUAACUGGUAGGAUGAAGUUUACUAGGGACAGGAACCUUGUAAAUCCAGCGUUUGAUGUGCUUAAUGUCAUUGGGACUGGUUACAGGACCAUUGGUUACUGGUACAAUCAUCUAGGCCUGUCUGUGAUGCAGCCUGACGAGUUGGAGAACACAUCUUUAUCGAGACAGAAGCUUCAUAGUGUUGUCUGGCCAGGACAGACAACACAAAAUCCUCGUGGAUGGGUGUUCUCAAACAAUGGAAGGCAUUUGAGGAUUGGAGUACCAAAUCGUUACAGAUUCGAAGAGGUGGUCUCAGUUCAAAGCAACGGGAUCAUCACUGGCUUUUGUGUUGAUGUCUUUGUUGCCGCUCUCAGCUUAUUGCCUUAUGCAGUACCGUUUGAGCUUGUAGCUUUUGGUAAUGGUCAUGAUAAUCCAAGUAACUCUGAGCUAGUCCGCUUGAUAACAGCUGGGGUCUACGAUGCAGGUGUUGGUGAUAUCACCAUUAUAACAGAGAGAACCAAAAUGGCAGAUUUUACUCAGCCGUAUGUGGAGUCAGGGUUAGUGGUUGUGGCUCCUAUCCGGAAGUUGGGUUCUAAUGCUAUGGCGUUCUUGAGGCCGUUCACUCCCCAAAUGUGGCUUAUUUCAGCUUUCUCUUUCCUCAUAGUCGGUGCAGUCAUUUGGUUUCUGGAACACAAACACAACGACGAGUUUCGAGGCCCUCCUCGUAGACAAGUCAUCACUACUUUCUGGUUCAGCUUUUCAACACUUUUCUUCUCCCAUAGAGAGACGACCAUCAGCAACCUUGGACGAAUAGUGUUGCUAAUAUGGCUAUUCGUAGUUCUCAUAGUCAACUCAAGCUAUACUGCAAGCCUCACAUCAAUCCUCACAGUUCAUCAACUGUCUUCGCCAAUCAAAGGCAUAGAAACUUUGGAAACAAACAAUGAUCCUAUUGGGUAUCCACAAGGCUCUUUUGUCAGAGACUAUUUGGUUAACGAGCUCAGAAUCCAUGAGUCAAGACUGGUCCCUCUUCGGUCUCCAGAGGAAUAUGAGAAGGCCUUGAGAGAUGGUCCAGGAAAAGGUGGCGUUGCUGCUGUUGUUGAUGAACGUGCUUACAUAGAGCUUUUCCUUUCAAACCGAUGUGAGUUUGGCAUAGUUGGCCAAGAGUUCACAAAAAACGGAUGGGGAUUUGCUUUCCCACGUAACUCACCUUUGGCAGUUGAUGUUUCAACGGCGAUUCUGCAGCUAUCAGAAAAUGGAGAUUUGCAGAGAAUACGAGACAAAUGGUUGCUACGGAAAGCUUGCUCCUUGCAAGGCGCAGAGAUAGAAGUGGAUAGGCUUGAGCUAAAGAGCUUUUGGGGAUUGUUUGUGGUGUGUGGACUGGCAUGCGUUCUUGCUCUUGCAGUGUAUACAGUAUUGAUGAUACGUCAGUUCAGACAUCAUUCUCCUGAUCAUCAAGAACCAGAGGGCUCCAUAAGGAGAAGAAGCUCACCAUCUGCACGUAUCCACUCUUUUCUCUCCUUUGUCAAAGAGAAAGAAGAAGACAUUAAGGCUCGGUCCUCUAGAGAAAGGCAGCUUGAAGAUAACUAAAUAAAUGGUGGUGCAACUAAAGUAUUUCAAGACCACAUAAUGGCUCUAGUAUGUACUUUCCCCUUUUGUUGCUACAUUUGAGAUCAAACUCUGUUUUGUAUUUGUAUUUAAUCGCAUGGUGGCUUUGAUUAAUAAAAACUCUGC